AUGUCCAGGGUGAGCGGCCCCGGGCCGGCCGGCGGCCCCAAGGAGAAGCGCUCCUUCAGCAAGCGGCUCUUCCGGGGCCGGGCCGGCGCGGGCUCGGCCCGCUCGCUCAGCGGCUUCAUGAGCCGGGUGCUCAAGACCCUUUCCACCCUGUCGCACUACAGCUCCGAGCCCGAGGCGGCCCGCGGCCCGCCGCCCCCGCGCCUGCCCCCGCCGCCUAGCGGCCUGGGCAGCUGCUUCCAGCCGGCCCGCCCGCCGCAGAGCCCCGAGCCGGAGCCGCCGCCCGAGGCGCCGGAGCCGGUGCCCGUGCCCGGGGUGGCCGGGCUGAAGAACCACGGGAACACGUGCUUCAUGAACGCCGUGCUGCAGUGCCUCAGCAACACCGAGCUCUUCGCCGAGUACCUGGCGCUGGGGCAGUACCGCGGCGGGGGCGAGGCGCCCUGCGCCGGGGAGCGGCCCCCCCCCGCCAGCGCCGCCCCGCCGCCGCCCAAGGGCGAGGUCACCGAGCAGCUGGCGCACCUGGUGCGGGCGCUCUGGACGCUGGAGUACACCCCGCAGCACAGCCGCGAGUUCAAGAGCAUUGUCUCGAAGAACUCCAUGCAGUACCGAGGGAACUCGCAGCAUGAUGCACAGGAAUUUCUGCUCUGGCUCUUAGACAGAGUUCAUGAAGACCUGAACAAUUUAGUGAAAUACAGUGGCAGACCUCCAUUGAAGCCACCGUUGGAAGAUGCUGCGCUGCUCGAGGCACCAGGCUUUCCAAUCAGUAGCACUUUCGUACAGGAACUCUUUCAAGCCCAGUACAGGUCCUCUCUGACGUGCCCUCAUUGUCAGAAGCAGAGUAACACCUUUGAUCCUUUCCUCUGCAUCUCUCUGCCAAUUCCUCUGCCUCAUACACGACCUCUGUAUAUCACUGUGGUGUAUCAAGGGAAGUGUUCGCAUUGCAUGCGCAUCGGUGUGGCAGUGCCUCUGUCUGGAACAGUGGCGAAGUUGCGUGAAGCAGUAUCCAUGGAAACCAAGAUACCCACUGAGCAGAUUGUGCUGACGGAGAUGUACUAUGAUGGGUUCCAUCGCUCCUUCUGUGACACUGAUGACCUGGACACGGUUCAGGACAGUGACUGCAUUUUUGCCUUUGAGACCCCUGAGAUAUAUAGGCCUGAGGGGAUCAUUAGUCAGAGAGGAAUUCAUGUGAACAAUAACCUAAAUAACUUGAAAUAUGGCACUGACCACCACAGAACAUCAUCUUAUACACAAGGGUCGGUGAAGUCUGGGAAACAGGAAACCUCUACUCGCUCAGCAGCCAGUGACAAGAUUGUAUUGCUGGUCUGCAACAGAGCAUCUACUGGACAGCAGGGGAAAAGGUUUGGCCAGCCCUUUGUGUUGCACCUGGAGAAAACAAUUGUAUGGGAUCUCCUCCAGAAGGAAAUCCUGGAGAAGAUGCAGAAUAUUCUGCGGCCCUCAGCCUGCAUUCAGGUGUGUCCAUUCAGCUUGCGGGUGGUUAGUGUUGUGGGCAUAACAUACCUAUUACCUCAGGAGGAGCGGCCCCUCUGCCACCCCACUGUGGAACGGGCACUGAAAUCAUGUGGACAGGGUGGAACUGCACAUGUGAAAUUGGUGGUAGAAUGGGACAAAGAGACUAAAGAUUAUUUGUUUGUGAACAUGGAGGAUGAGUACGUCCCAGACUCCGAAAGUGUCCAUCAGCAGAGGGAGCUUCAUCACCAGCCUCAGUCCUGCACUUUGUCUCAGUGUUUCCAACUUUACACCAAAGAGGAACAGCUUGCUCCAGAUGAUGCAUGGCGCUGCCCCCAUUGCAAACAGCUGCAACAAGGGAGUAUUACAUUGAGCCUAUGGACCUUACCUGAUGUUCUCAUCAUACAUCUAAAGAGAUUUACACAGGAAGGAGACCGAAGAAUGAAACUGCAGAACAUGGUCAAGUUCCCUCUAACCGGCUUGGAUAUGACCCCUCACGUUGUCAAACGCAGUCAGAGUAGCUGGAGUCUGCCAUCUCACUGGUCCCCAUGGAGACGACCCUACGGUCUUGGAAGGGACCCUGAGGAUUAUGUCUACGACCUGUAUGCGGUGUGCAAUCACCAUGGCACUAUGCAAGGAGGGCACUAUACAGCAUAUUGUAAGAAUUCUGUAGAUGGCUUGUGGUACUGCUUCGAUGAUACUGACGUGCAGCAGUUGGCAGAAAAUGAAGUCUGCAAGCAGACGGCUUACAUCCUCUUCUACCAGAGGCGCACAACAAUCCCAUCAUGGUCGGCCAACAGCUCUGUGGCAGGCUCUACAAGCUCUUCUCUCUGUGAACACUGGGUGAGCCGGCUUCCUGGCAGCAAACAGCCCAGCAUCGCCUCAGCAGCUUCCUCUCGACGCACAUCUCUGGCCUCGCUUUCAGAAUCAGUUGAGCUGACUGGGGAAAGGAGUGAAGAUGAUGGGGGGUUCUCGACUCGACCCUUUGUAAGAAGCGUCCAGCGUCAGAGUUUGUCUUCUAGAUCCUCUGUCACCAGCCCUCUGGCAGUAAAUGAAAAUGGGGUUCGGCCAUCCUGGGCGCUGUCUGCGAAGCUGCAGAUACGCUCCAACUCUCCUUCACGCUUCUCUGGAGACUCUCCUGUGCGUGCUUCUGCCUCGACGCUGGAGAAGAUCGGGGAGGCUGCUGAUGAUAAAGUGUCCACCUCCUGCUUCGGCAGCUUAAGGAACCUCUCCAGUAGUUACCCAGAGCCAAGUGACAGCAGCAGCAGGCGAGAACACAGGACAGUGGGCAGAGCCCCUCUCGCUGUCAUGGAAGGGGUGUUCAGAGAGGAAUCUGCUGCAAGGAAAUCAAAUUCUGCUUUCAUGGACCCAUAUGGGAAAAGCUUGGUGCAAGCAGACAGGAGCCAUCUGGCUCUGGACCCUUUUGAUAACAACAAUCACAUUGCUUUUGUGGAUCAGAGUGACUCUGUGGAGAGCUCUCCAGUCAAAGAGGUGAAAGCCCCCAGUGGGACAGGGCUGCUCUCCGAGAAGGCAGAUGGCAUCCCCAAGAAGGCUCCCAGCUCCAAAGGCAUUUCUGAACCAGAUAAAAAUUUGAGGAAAGGAAGGACAGUCUUGUCUAGCCAAGAAUCCCCAAUUUCUCACCCUUCUCCUGCCUCUGCCCCUCCCUUAAAGAUCUCUCAGAAGGUUUCCCGUUCUAGAAGCAAGACAGAUUCUUCCAGGGCCAGUGGGAGACAUGCAUCUCCUGCUUCUGGCCAGGCUAGAAAGGAAUCUGGCACCAAACUCCAGGAAAGCCAGUCUGUGUCGUCGACUCAACAGAAACACAAGUCAGUUUCUUCCCUAUCCUCCACAGGUGCCAAGAAAACCACUUCGGGGUCAGUGACACGGGGGCCCUCUGCUGGGAAGAGCAGGACUUCAGACCGAAGCCUCAGCAGGGAGGGCUCCAAGGUAAGCCUUGGAUCGGAUAAGACCAGUGUCACUUCCAGCUCAAGAACUAGCUCUCCUCGGAUAAGUCAGCCUAGAAGUGAGAGCAGAGCAAUGGACAGCAAGCAUGUGCGGAGCUCCUCAAUGGCCAGCCUGAGGUCCCCAAGCAUCAGCAUGCGUUCGGGUUUAAAGAGGGACAGCAAGUCGGAAGAUAAAGGGCUGUCUUUCUUCAAAUCAGCCCUGAGGCAGAAGGAGACCCGACGGUCGGCUGAUCUUGGAAAGACGACAAUGCUGUCAAAAAAGACUGCAGGUGGCUUCUCCAAGCCAGGCAGUAAAAUUGUGGCAGAAGACAAGUCAGAGAAGAGCAGCCUCCCACCAGCCUCUCUCACAAACCCCAGCAUUGCUGUGAAAGAGAAGCUUGCCCUGAAAGAUGCCAUGCCCAGCAAACAUUCUCUGCUGUCCAGCCGCAAAUCCAAGUCUUCCCAGCUAGACCCCGGAGCGCAGUCUCCUUCCAGUGACAAACAGUCUGCUGACAAGUCACUGAAAAAGUUACCUUCCAGCAUGCACAUGUCUGCACGGCCUUCUCCGAAACCUCACUGAGAUGCUGCAAUCCAGGUGUUUUUCUUUCUUCUGCUGAGAGCUAAUUUAUUCUGAGUUCUUGUUUUUUUGUUCAUGUGCCUAAUGUGUGUUUGAGGAGAACUUAACUGCAAAUUGGUAAAGCGCCUUUUGAUUCUGCCAUCAAACCAAAUAGCCACAGCUGGCCAGCACUGAUACCAAGUGAAGUCCAGCUGGAGUCGUAAAACAUGAACGAACGCAGCUGUCCCAUAGCACUUACACAGAAGUCUCUUUAUAGAAAAAUGCAACAACUUUCUUCAGACAGCAGGUUUGAAACCUGUGACCCAGUUAUACUGUAAUUAGCGUGCUUUCUAGAACUGUGAACUAAUAUUCCAUUGGAUUGUCUAAGCAGGCGCCAUCUGUGGUUAUGGGUGGCCUGGUUCUUGGCUGCAGAAGAUGCUAAGGGACCUGUGAAAAAGAGAGACUGCCGCUUCUUUGUGUUCUCCCCAGCCCACCAUUUUUCAAGCUUUUUAAAGGACAAUAUCUCAACACUAAUGUUGUUUCUCAGGUAUAUACUCAGCCAGUAUAGGAGGGCUAGCAUUAGUGACUGGACAGGUCCAAAAGAUACCUCCAUGUGUGUGCAGAACAGUUUUCAUAUUUUCAUUCCAACAGGCUUAAUUAUUUUUAUAAAAUAUAACUUGCAUUUUGUUGCCAUAUCUGGAGACUCUGUCUGCUCCAGCUUCCUUCUUCCUUUGAGGUGUUACGCUACGCAACAGAGAAAAUGACUAGUCGGUUGCUAGCCACUAGCUAUGAAAUGUCCAAGAUGAAAGAUUAUUACAAUGCCUAGAAAGACAGCUGGAAUUCUUAGUCUUGAAUAAUAGUGAAGCUGGUAGGACCCUUAUCGUUAAACCCCUGAAAAGCAUUUUCUAACACACAUGCUCAGAUGCUUAAUUGGCAUCUCUCUAUCUGCAGGAGAUAUGAAUAGAUGUGCCACAUGAUCUGUGCUCCCUUUUUGCAUUUUCUGAGUGUUUCAAUGCACCUCUGUGGGGUUGUAUUUUGACCAACAUUCUUCUCUUCAUUCUACAUGUCUAAUGCUUGCUGACAGGUCCAGCUGCAACAGUGUCUUACAAGACGCGUCUGGUUUCUGAUCAGAUGAGGAAUUCUGUCAGGGUUAAAACACUACAUCGGGAACGCCUUUGCACACAAUGCCUCUCUGAAAGGUGGCUUCUCUUCCCUCAAGUCCUUUGAUACACACAUGGCAUUGUCUGUUUUUAUUUCAUGAGCUGCUGCUGAUUGAUUGCAUUCUCAUUUUGAGAAAACAACAAACUGCGUCCUUCAUGUAUGGAAUCAUGUUUUGUGAUAAAUGGUGUAUGACAGCUCAGUUGUACUGUGUGCACAAAUGAUCUCCAGUUUACAUUAUUAUGUACAUUCAUUCUUUGCCUGUCACAUGUGAGCUUAGUGUGUGGACAGACCUAUUUAUUAACCUUUCCUGCUCAGUAUUACAGUAACAAAUGACCCUGGAACGGAACAAAUAGUUACUGUUAAAUAUCCGGUUCAAUCUCCUCUCUUGAACCUGUUGGGAAAGUUGCUCACAGGUCGCUGAUUGUGGCUGCUCCUUGGUCGCUUACACUUAGCUCAUCUGCAACCAGUUGUUGAGAGAGUUACUUUCAGGGCACCUUCAAUUGGUAGUACACAAGAGUUGCAUAUAUGGCCUCAGACGUGAUUGUGCAUACCGCAAAGCUCUGUGUAACCUGUGAAUAUGAACCCGCACGAUCCAGUCCAGACCAUACCCUCUGCAGGACAAGAAUUCUUCAUCCCAGAAGCAGUGCUAGUAGCCUGUAACACUUCUCUGUACUCUGCCUGACCUUCCAUUUCAUGGAUUAUGUUUCAAAAGCCAAACAUGGCCAUUUUCUCCAGUCAUUCCUGUUCCUAUAUCACACUUAGUGUAACAAAAAGGGGACAAGAGGCAUAGAAAAUUGAUCUUAAUUUGUGAAGCUGGAUUGUUUUGUUUCUUGUUUCCUGAACAGGCAGGAGUUACUGGGCAUAUUCCUCUAGUCGUAAAUUUCUACCUAAAACUUCUGAUAUUGAAGCAUUAGUUUAAGGCUUUGUCAACAUGGUUUGUGCUCUCAAGACAUCUCCUUCGUUGCAACAGUGCUAACAUGGUCUGACCUCUCACUAUAGACUGGGCCUAGUUUGCCACCUCAUUAGAAAGUGUGUCAUUGUGCAAAGUGAUCCUAUGAAAUAGCUUCCCCCUCUUGUGCACUCGUUCAUUGAGCAAUUCCUGUAUUACAUACAGCUGAAAGUUGGUUCAGGGUUUCCAAGUGGUAGCUUUACUACUUGUGUUCACUGCCUUAUUGAAGCAAAUAUGCAGCAAUGACUUUGAGAUUGUGUUGUAGACCAAUGCUAAUUCCGUGUGCUUGUACCAUGUGGUGAGCUUGCUAUGUAGACAUAGGCUGCAGUACCAAAAUGGGAGCAAGAAGUUUAUUGUUGCCAAAUAGUCUAAUAGUUAAGAUCAAAAACAGCCAAACUGCCCCGUUCUGGUAGGUAACCCCAAACUUUCUGCUGAGGCUGCUGAUAAUCCCUCCUUGGGAAUUCCUACUAGCUCCAAAAUCAUCUCUCUCCUUCUGCAAACUGUCCAGUGCGAGCUGAUAGCAGCGCCUUUGAAAACGGGAACUAUGAUACACAAGACCCUUGCGUCUGGUCAGUCCCGCCCAUCUAAAGUUUUUAGAAUAUCACCCUCUUCCCAUUAAUUUUCGUCUUGGGGAAGAGUAUAAUAACGAAAUCUCUCCUUAUAGUGAGUGACGCGCUGUUCUCCUGUGGCAGACUGCCUGCACUUCAGAUAUAUUUUUGAGUAGGCAGGCUCAGCCAUACAGCAAAUCACUUCAGUUUAUAUAGGGCAGUGGAUUUCUGUUGGUGGUCUCAUAAAGUGCACAACAAAGUGAAUAAAAUAUGAUGGCUGUGACUCUUAACAGUAACUAGAACUGGAGCUGUGUCUUUAUGGGCAGAUGAAACACAAACACAAAACUAUCUGGAAAGUGUCAUGAUUCUUUGCUGCUUUUCUCUGCAUCCUCUGCCUUUGGGUUCUAUUGAUAUCAAUAGAAUGUGAAAUUCCGGGGAUAUGUGAUGCUUGACCUGGUGGUGACUCUAGAAAAGUCAAUCCGCUUUCUCUCCUGUCUACAAGAUGAGAGGAAGGGGAAGCAGUUGGUGUGUGCUGUUCAUCACAACAGUUGGACCCUAAAUUAGGGGUAACCCCAGGACAGGGUCCCUUUAGCUGUGAGUUUUGGAAGUCCUAAAAGCCAGGUCUGGCAGGGAUUUAUGUCUUAGUCCAUAAAGGUCUUGGACUGCCCUGAAGCAGUUACCUGUACCUGGUUUACAGUAACUUAAUUUAGCUUUGGCUCCCAGAGCAGCUGAUACUUGAUGUGGAGGAGAUGCAACCUGGGGGAACGGCAAAACCCAGGAUGCCAUUCAGAUCUCAUGGGUUUGUAUGCUGGGUCCUGUAGGCUUCAUGUCUGCAGCUCUGAAUUAAAGACAAUUGGCUGUAAUCCUGCUCCAUUUUAUUAGUCAGGCUCAGCCUUUGGGCUUCUGUUGAAUUGCCAGUGUAGUGGGGCCAAGUCUGGUCUCCAGCUUGUUUAGCUCACAGGUGAGAUCCUGCAAGACCAGAGAAAGUUCCAGUACUAGAUGUAAGAGUCCUUUGAGUAGGGAAUUCCAGUGCUAGCCCUGUCUUUGAAAUUCCAGCAGAGCCACACAAUCCUCGGAGGAUAAGGGAAAGAGUGAGUCAUCUGAAGGGCUUAAUAGAUGGUUAUAACCAUCUGUGGAUGGGCCUGGUGUGAAUUAAUUCAUUUCUUAAAGUGUGGCAAUUUAAAAUGUCUCUAGUUACUUGCUUCUAAUUCUGAUUGCAGAAGAGCGGAGCCUUCAUUCCAUAGCUAGACUCUUGCUAGAGCCAUUUGAAGAAAUUAUUUUCACCCUUCUGGGCAAGGUUUUUUGGGAAGGAUUUAGUAGUAUGUGAACUAGAAGUUCAUUUUCAAUUAAACGUGUUUAUAGAGGCACUUUGUAUUUUGUAUUACUUGCAUUUGAUAAACAUACUGGUGCCUCCAAUUCUUUGUAAGUGUGAUAGGUGUCUCUCACUUUGGAUGGAUGUGCAGACUUUUAACCCUUUCAGACUUAGGCCAUCUGUAUGGCCAACUCAAAACCACAUGCUUUAGAUAGAAAAUUAACAGCUCCGUUACAGUGCAUUUAGCCCGCUGCAGGUUCUCCGGUCUCUACACGCAGAGCUGUCUCCUUGUCACAACAGACAUUUAAGCAUUUAACCAUUUUUUCUAAGAAACGAAGACAGUGUUUGCAUGGCAAUUCUUGCUGUAGCCUGACUGCAUGCACUUAACUGUGCAAGCAUUAAUAUAAACUAUAGAUUGCACUGUCAGUAUCAGAAGCUACUAGAUAGACUCUGGAGCUCUGUUUUUGAAUCUGUAAUUUUAUUUCCCAAUACGGCUGCAACUCAGCACAGAAAGUAUCAAGCACCAGAGAAGAGCAUGUGUCUUAUUUCUUGCUUUAUUUGCACAUCUUUGAUUCUCUUUCCUUUGCAGAAUGUUGGAUUACUGACAAGACCGCAGUGUGGAGUAAAGUCAGAAAGGAAUCUGAAGUGUUGAAAUGAGAACAAACUGGUUUUUUCUAUUUUUUUAAAACUGGAAUAGCCUGACUUAUGUUCUGUAUGUAGCCUGCCACUUUCUAUAUGGUUUUAAUGACACAUUCUGUACAUCAUGUUGAGAGAUGAGGCAGGGGCGGCUCCAGGCCCCAGCACGCCAAGCGUGUGCUUGGGGCAGCAAGCCGCAGGGGGUGCUCUGCUG